AUGAGCCGCUGCCCUGUUUCCUCCGCCGCGCGUCAGCCCCUGGCGACGAGUCAGGCGCAGGCUGUCGACGCUCCGUUGACGCAGUCGGCCACGUUCCUUGUCCUGUCCGUCGCGCCGCGGCCGGAAGCCCUCCAGACGGUCCGCGCGACGCUGGCGGGCAUUGACGGCCUGGCCAAGAACGUGACCAUCCGCGACUCCACGUCGACCUUCUCCUGUGCCGUCGGCAUCGGGAGUGACAUCUGGGACCAGCUCACGGGCCUGCCGCGCCCGGCCGAGCUGCACGCCUUCCCCACCGUCAAAGGCGCGGUUCACACCGCCGUGUCCACCCCUGGCGACCUGCUCUUCCACAUCCGUUCGGACCGCCGGGACAUCUGCUUCGAGUUUGAGCGCCAGCUCAUGAAGCUGCUUGGGGAUGCCGUCCAGGUCCAGGACGCCACCGUCGGCUUCCGCUACUUUGACCUCCGGGAUCUCCUGGGCUUCGUCGACGGCACAGCCAACCCUGUCGGUCCCGCGGUCCCAGAUUCAGUCCUAAUCGCCGACGAGGACGCAGCGGCUGCGGGGGGAAGCUACGUCGUCGUGCAAAAGUAUGUCCACGACCUGCGGGGUUGGGAGCGGCUGUCCACGGAGCAGCAGGAGGCCAUCAUCGGCCGCACCAAGAUGGACAACAUGGAGCUUGACGAUGCUGAGCAGGGGCAAAAGGCCCACAAAACGCUUGCAACCAUAGAGGACGAGGAUGGAAACGAGCACGACAUACUCCGUGAUAACAUGCCUUUCGGCUCGCCUGGCAACGGAGAGUUCGGAACCUACUUCAUAGGCUACUCGCGCAGGCUCUGGGUCACUGAGAAGAUGCUGGACAGGAUGUUUGUGGGCGAUCCGCCGGGGCUGCACGACCGUAUCCUGGACUACUCGAGGCCCAUGACGGGGACAACGUUUUACGCACCCCCUGCCGCCGUGCUCGCCGGUUUGGAUAAGAGCUAA